AUGUGCGGUUUAUUCGGCGAACGUGAUGGUAGCCUUCUGAGUGAUCUUACUCUUUUUCACAGCUUAUUUGCCUUAUCGUUGAGGGAAUUUUUAGUGAUGGUGAUUAUUUCUUCUGAACGGCAGGACCAAAGGCAAAUAACACACUUUCAGACAGCAGGUGACAUUUUUUAAAAAAUUGUAAACAUAAUAUGGCUGCAGCGUUUCCUCAGCUGAGUGCGUUCGCCAACCACAAUUUUGUUUUGAUGAACGGCGAACAUUGGGAAUCGAGUGAGAACAGGAGAUACGUUCAAGCUCAUGCUUGGCUAGCAGAAUUCACGCGAAUUCUCCUCGAAUGGAUUCUGCAAUGGGAACCUGAACCGUAUUACUAUAGCCAAUACCACAACCGUGACGAGCUACUAACCUCUGGCGGCCCAUUGGAAAUCCUCAACUACCUUAAAGAUAAUGCGGAUAUAAUCGCUAAUAAUAAUUUUAGCACAAAAAGGAUACUGGAAGAUAAACUCCGUCAAAUCGCAUCAUUAAGAAACACGAUCACUCACAACACAGUAAGAGAUUCGGGUCCACUCAUAAGCUUGCUCCAACACAUGAAGUUGGUGUGCAGUUUCUCCCCCGCCACGCGACCACGUGAAUUUGCCUCUAGAUGCGAAACAGAGGAAGACAACGCGACGAAUUCUAACACAGCUGAUUUGUAUUGAUUGAUAAAUGCCGAUAAAUGGUUAGCUGUUUGCAUUUUGUUUUUCACUGCCAAAUGAACCGUUGAACGUCAGAUUGAAAGACUUUUAAUAAUGCUUUUGUCAUCUCUGCGCCUAGUAUUCAGUUGAAAAAAUACCUGAGAAGAAAAGUAAAACUCCAACCAAGUAAAUGAAGUUAACAGUUAUCGAGAAAGGGUUGUGCUCAAUCUUUAAAUUUUUACUUCACAUUUUUUCCUUUUGCAGUUAUUAUUAUUUCAUUUUUUUACUUAAAUUUUACUUGAGCUGCUUGGCACCAGUGCGCACCACUAUACCCGUUUAAUGUACUUAAGUAAUAGAAUUUAUACUGCUAGAUGGCUCCCCCUCUUCAAAACUCAUCACGACUUCACGAUUACACGUUAGUAGAAAACCUAUAAAUACGAGAAAAAUUCCCUUAUUUCGUAAAAAAAAUUUAAUGUGAUUUACAUAACUUUUUAUCAUUUUGUAUCUUAGUAAAUAAAUGAAUUUUCAACUCAA